GUCUUGUUCUACGUGAAGUUAAUAUUGUUAUGAGAAAAUACCAGCUAAAACAACAAAAUCAUGUCUGUUCAUUCACAGUACUGCAAAGGGAAUUUCACCACUGGGAAUCCUGAAUCAUAAACCUAUAAACGAUCUUCGUCUAGUUUCAGAAAUUGCAUAUACAAGAUAAAAUAGGCUCCACUGACAAGAUAGUCCAGGAUAUUCCAACAGCUUGUUUGAAGCAGCACAUAGGUGAUCAGCAUACCAUUCCUUGGAGAUAUUGAUCUGUACUCUGUGUAUCCAUUGGACAGGUUAACAACCUUGGGAGGUGGUUCCUGUGGUCAGGCCACGAUUGUUUGACAACUGAAACGUUCUAUAUUCAGUGGGAUAAAACACCGUAACUCCGAUUGAUCAGAGAUGUCUGCAAUUUAUGACAAUUGGGAAAGGCUUGUUCGAGCCACCCUUCGCAGGGAGGACCUCCUGCUCAGUGCUCAAAGGACUCCCAGCGAUAUUUCUACAGUAUCAGAAUCACCCUCUUUUAAUUUCUCUGACCCCUCUCACUCAGCUUCAUCUUUCAACAUCUCCAGCUCACUAGUUGGAGAUUCUUUUACCUACCAUCAAAAUCUCCAAGCCACUAACUACAUUAGUGGCUCCAAUCUCAUCAAGCACCGCAGCUCAAAUGUUGGCCUUAAGGGUGCACUAGUGAGUGCGGUAGCUCAAGAACUGGUGAAAGAAUUAGCUCUUGCAAACCAGGACCAAGGCCAAUAUGCCCUUCAAUUUCCAACUCGGUUCAGAAUUUUGGAGGAAGAGCUCAAGAUUAUGCAGGUUUUCAUUUCUGAAGCAAGCAAGCUCAAAGAGAAUCGAGAAACAGUCAGGACAGUCUUGCCUGUACUAAGGGAACUAAUUUAUGAAGCAGAUGAUUUGGUUCUCGAUUCCAAGAUUCGAGACGAUUACCGAAAAAUGAAGGGGGCUUCGGGCUUCUUUUUAUAUCUCUCUGAAAUAUAUUUUCGCUAUCAAACAGGAAAGAAGCUGACAGAAAUCAACACCCGAAUUAAACGUACGCGUGAUAACUUGAAGUCUUAUUACACCCCAAGUCAGCGUCCAAGUAGUCAAAAUGGCAAUGACACAGUGAGGCGUUGGACUGCGCCGGUUAUCAACCAAUCUGAAGUCGUCGGCCUAAAAGAAGAUGCGGCGAAAGUAAGGGGCUGGAUUCUUGGUCAGAAUGAACCGCUGCUGCAUCUUGCAAUUGUGGGGCUGGGGGGUUUGGGUAAAACCACCCUUGCAAAAAUGAUCUACAGAGAUGUGAACCUCAAGAGACGCUUCCAGGAGAAAAUUUGGGUUUCAUUUUCUCAACCUGUCAAAGAGGACGAAAUCAUGAAAAGCAUGUUGAAGCAACUCAAUGCAGAUGGCAGCGGAUCCCCUAAAGGCGACAUGCUGAGUACAAUUCAUGGAUUGCUUUCAGACAAAGCAUACCUGAUUGUCCUGGAUGAUGUUUGGAGCACUGAUGAUGGUUGGUGGGAACGGAUCUCUGGUGGGCUACCCGUGAAAGAGGGCCACAACAGCUGCAUUAUCAUCACAUCAAGAAUAAAGACGGUUGUCAAGAAUAUGGGAGUUCAGGAUGCACAAAUUCAUCAACCCAGAUAUCUUAAUGAUGAAGAGAGCUGGAAAUUGUUUUGCAAAGUUGCACGCGUGUCUGAAGUUGAUGAACAAAACACCAAGUUAGUUGAAGAAGGAAAAGAAAUUGUUAAAAAAUGUGGGGGCCUUCCCCUAGCAAUCAAGACCGUCGGUGGUUUACUCUCAUCAGAGGAGAGGUCUUCCAUUAAGUGGAGGAGGAUCCGCGAGACCUUUCAUGAAAAGUUAACGAGUAUGGGAGAUAAUUGUUCGGAGGGUAAUGGGCAUGUGAUUGCCUCUCUGCAGCUAAGCUAUGAUGAGCUCCCUGCUUUCUUGAAGCCAUGCAUAUUGUGCUUCUUAAUUUAUCCUGAGAAUUAUGAAGUGGAUGCUGACCAACUGAUUCGCUUGUGGGUAGGAGAAGGAUUUGUCAGUGGCAAUAGCACAGAAACUGUGACAGAAUCAGCUCUCAAGUGUUUGUCAGAGCUUAUCAGUCGGUGCCUGGUUGAAGUAGCUCAGCGAAGAAAUUAUGAUGGAAGCGUCUAUACCUGCAAGGUGCAUGAUAUGGUUCGAGAUUUGACAAUUAAAAUAGCAAGAGAAGAAGAUUUCUGCAGCUUCGAUGCAAAUAGAAAUCAUAUUGCUGAUGUAGGCUCCCGUCGACUUGGAGUCACCCAAGAGACGAAGUUAUCUGCCCUUCGAGGAAACUCAAAGCUCAGGGCAUUACUUCUAACCACAACCCAUUAUAUCGGUUUCAAUAGGAAAACAGAGUUGGCAAAAAUCAAGUCUCUCAGGGUAUUGGACCUCUCACAUGCCAGACUAGACUACGUUUUUGUGAAGGAUCUUUGGGACUGGAUCACUUCCCUUAAACGCCUAGUUUGUUUGAGCCUCAGAGAUGUUGCACAAUUGCUUGAAGUCCCAAACUCAAUCGGCAAAUUAUUGGGCCUCCAAGUGCUGAUUCUGGGAGAAUGUAAGGAUCUCAAAAAGCUUCCCACAUCAAUCAUUAACCUUCCAAGAUUAAUUAUCUUGGAUGUUGGUAAUUGCCCAAGUCUUCGGUGUCUACCACAAGGGUUUUCGAAACUUUCCAAACUCCAGGAGCUGUAUGGAUUUAAGAUAGCUGGUACUGGGAAAGCUUCUGGUUCCCACCUUGCAGAGCUGAAGGCUGUGACUGAACUUCGUGUCCUGCAGAUAGACAUAACUGAAGACAGCACUAUUGAGGAUCAGGAAUUGGAUGCGUUGGAAGUGCUGGCGAAACUAAAGCUUUUGUCCAUUAAUGCAGGUGAUUGCAAAGAUAAGAACAUUUUAAGCAAGUUGAAUAAAUUGUCACCCCCUUCUUCCAUUGAGGAACUGUAUCUGAAGCAUUAUCUUGGAGAAACUACGCCAGCAUGGAUUAAUCCCAGGUCACUUCAACAACUGCAGUAUCUUUCUGUGGAGAACUCAGGAAUAGAAAAGAUGAACCAAGAAUUUUGGGGAGAUGAAGAAUAUAAAUGGGAUGUCAAAGGGUUGUGUUUAAAGUUCUGCCAAAGACUUGAGGUGUCAUGGGAAGAAUUGCAAUCAGUAAUGCCUGAGAUCAGACACCUGGAGGUCUGCCAAUGCAACUUGCUGGUUUCAUUUCCUUGUUAAGUCUGUGGGGAGCUAUGCAGGGACUAAAAGAAAAAAAGUUUUGCUUCGGAAGAUGUUUUCACUUUUCAGUCAAGAAGAUUGAAAGCAGCUAGAUGACAUGGUCCGAUCUUGGGAAAGCAUUUUCAAAGUUUGAAGUGAUCUGUAUCCCAGUUCUUGGACAAUAUGUUGUGGCAUUUGUUAGUGAUUUGAAGUGUAUUUGUAUUUGCUGAACUUUACUGAUUUACUAAUUGUUACUUUUUUCUCUUCCAUGUUGAUCAUGUAAGCCUAAGUUGGAGUUGGUGCUUUCAAAUUA